AUGGCCGAGUUUGUAGCAGACAACCCAAAUAUCUUUGAAGAACUGGGGAGGUACUUCAAGAGGCAGGGGAAGGAAAAGGCCGAGUCCUCCAAGAGGAGACCAACGAAGUCCCCUGAAGUACCUUCCGGAGAGGACUCCGAUGAGGGGCACCUCUCUCGGAGCACUUCUAGGCGCGCCACUUCCAAGGCGACGUCUAAGAUUGCGUCUAUUUCGCGGGCGUUCUCCCGGGGUCUACUAGGAAAACAAGCUGAGAACCCACCUCGGCGUCCCGGGGGCUUAGCCGCCGAGUACAUGAGGGCCCCGCCCUUCACCGAUGGCCGAGGGCACAGCCCGGAAGUGGUUCUGGGGCUUGGAACCAAGGAGCAUUUCCUCGCUGGACGAUUUGAAAGACCGGUUCAUUCACCGCUUCGUAUUAUCUCGGCCAAUAACAAAGACUUCGGCCUACCUCCUGAACCUACAGCAGGCUCCCGGCGAGUCACUGCGCUCAUAUGUGCAGAGGUUCAACGAGGAGAUGUGCAGAUACCUGAUCAACAUGAGCAGGUAACUAUAGCUGCCUUCACCAAAGGGCUGAUUGCGGGACUCUUCAAUACCGAAAUACAUCGGGACUACCCCCGCACACUUCGGGAACUCUGGGAUCGAGUGGAUCAAGGAAUCCGAAGUGAGGACCUCAAUCGCAUGAAGCGAGAGGCUCAAGCCACUCGUACUGGGCCGGAGUCCCGAAGGAAAAAAGACACCGGUCGAGCCGAGCCAAGCUCUGGUGGCUCGUCGAGUCAAUUCCGGGACCGCCGGAGUGUCUUCGAUCGGAUUGUGAAGGGCAGGUCGUCCACCUCGGACGCCGAGCUGACACCGCUCAAUUCCAGCCGGACCCAUGUCUUGGCCGUGAUGAGACAAAACCACCUCGGCCGAGCUCCUCCUGAAAUUUUGGGGAGGAGAGAUAAGAGGAACUCCAGCCUCUACUGUGCCUACCACCGGGAUGUUGGGCACGAAACUGAGGAUUGCAACGAUCUGAAGCGAGAGAUCGAGAACCUGAUCCGUCAGGGGUAUCUGAAGCAAUUCGUCCGCAAGGACGGAGGCUUCAACCGAAGCGCCUCCCACCGGGAGAAUCGGGGCCCCCGCCGAGAAGACCGGCGGGACACGAAAAUGCACUGCCGAGAUCCUGAGGACCACAAGGAGGACCAGCGACCUCCGCGCGAUAGGUCACUGGGGGGCUACGGCCCCACCAUUGCCGGGGUGAUCAACACAAUCGCGGGUGGUCCGACGGGAGGGGACAGCCAAAAUUUCCGGAAGCGGACCUACUGCCAAGCCGGGAUGGAGACGGCCGAGCCGAGCUCCAGGCUGUCCGAGGUGAUCACCUAUGGUCCCAGCGACCCCGUCCCGGCCGCCUCCAACAGUCACGAAACUCUCGUGAUCGAAGUCCUCACCAACAAAUACAUAGUCAAGAAGGUCUACAUUGACCCAGGAAGCUCGGUAGACGUCCUGUACUACCGAACCUUCGAAAGCCUAAAACUGGCCAGGGAGCAACUCACCCCUGUCCGAACUCCCCUCGUUGGCUUCGGGGGACACGUCGUCCACCCGGAGGGUAUGGUGACCCUGAUGGUGACUAUCGGGCGUCAUCCCCGCUGCCGAACCGUACCUGUCAGUUUCGCAGUGGUCCGGACGGACUCUCCUUACAACAUGUUGAUAGGUCGGCCCACACUUAACGCCUUGAGGGCUGUAUAUUCCACCUACCACUUGAGUUUCAAAUUCUCGACGCCCGCCGGGGUGGCCGAGGUGAGCAGCGAUGUGAACGCCGCCCGAGAAUGCUACCUAGCCACCAUCCAGGCCGCGGUCACUCCCCGGACUGCGUCAAAGGCCGGAGAGAAGAGGCCAGCCGUCCUCUCCAUAGACAGCAUUGACCCUCAGGAGUCAAGAAAGCCCAGCAGGCUUGAGCCCGGAGAUGAAGUGGAACAGGUGGUCUUGGAUGAGGCGAGACCUGACCAAGUGGUCCAAGUAGGAGCUGGACUCCCCUCACCCCUGAAAGAAGAAAUGAUCUCCCUGAUCAGGGACCACCGAGACGUCUUCGCGUGGUCAGCGGAUGAAGUGGUCGGAGUGCCACCCGAACUCAUGAUUCACCAACUCAACGUUAACCCACAGGCCCAACCUGUGCGGCAGAAACGGAGGCACUUCGGCCCCGAACGUAGCAAGGCCAUAUCCGAUGAGGUCGACAAACUCUUGCUCGCCAAGAUGAUUCACGAGGUCCAAUACCCCACCUGGCUGUCCAAUCCAGUCAUGGUCAAAAAGGAACCCAGUGGGUGGAGGAUGUGUGUGGACUUCACGGACCUUAACAAGGCCUGCCCCAAAGAUUGCUACCCUUUGCCGAGGAUAGACACCCUCGUCGACUCGGCAAUGGGAUAUGAUAUCCUCUGCUUCCUAGAUGCCUUCAAAGGGUACCAUCAAAUAGGAAUGAGUGAAGAGGAUCAAGAGAAAACGGCGUUCUACACCGACCGAGGUACUUAUUGUUACACUACCAUGCCAUUCGGGCUAAAGAACGCCGGGGCGACCUACCAAAGGCUGAUCAACCGACUCUUCAAAAAUCAGAUCGGCCGCAAUGUAGAGGCCUAUGUGGACGACAUUCUCGUCAAGAGCUUAACCACUUCGGCUUCUCUGUCCGAUAUGAGGGAGGUCUUCGGUGUCCUGCGGGACUCGAGGAUGAAAUUGAAUCCCAAGAAGUGCGUCUUCGGCGUCACCUCCGGAAAGUUCUUGGGGUAUCUGGUUUCCCGCCGGGGAAUCGAGGCCAACCCCGACAAGGUCAAGGCCAUUCAAGACAUGUCCCCACCUCGGAACCUCCGAGAAGUCCAGAGGCUAAAUGGACGCUUGCCUGCCCUGAAUCGAUUUCUGUCUCAAUCUGCUGCGAAAGCCUUGCCCUUCUUUAAGGUGUUGAAGAAGGCUGAUCAGUUCGCCUGGAUUGAGGAAUGUCAGGUUGCCUUCGACCAGCUGAAGCAAUACCUGCACCACCUACCAACUCUCGCCUCACCUCGGCCCGAGGAGAAGCUCUACCUCUACCUCUCCGCAGCCGACGAGGCUGUCAGCGCUGUUCUCAUCCGAGACGAGGACACUCAAGUGCCAGUGUACUACGUCAGCCGAGCACUCCGUGGGCCAGAAACUCGGUACACCCAGGUGAAAAAGCUCGUGCUAAGGCUAGUCCACGCAGCACGGCGGCUGAAGCCCUAUUUCCUUGCUCACCCCAUCUCUGUCCGAACCGAUCAACCAUUGCGGCAGAUCCUGGUGCGACCCGAAGCUUCCGGGCGCCUUACCAAGUGGGCAGUUGAGUUAGGCGAGUAUGACCUGUCAUACGAGCCACGCACCGCCAUCAAGGCUCAAGCUUUGGCCGACUUCCUGGCCGAGCUCACCUUCACGGAAGGUCGAGAGCCGACCUCCGCCGCUGCCGAAGUGUCCAAUUCACACUUGUGGACGUUGUAUGUGGACGGAUCCUCCAAUGGGGAUGGCAGCGGAGCAGGGCUGCUCUUAGAAGACCCUCAGGGGGAAGUGUUCUCAUAUGCCCUCCGCUUCGACUUCCCUGCCACCAACAAUGAAGCCGAAUAUGAGGCAUUGAUCGCGGGACUCCAGCUAGCCCGUAGACUCGGUGCCCAACAAAUCCACGUCCGCAGUGACUCCCAACUCGUAGUAUGCCAAGUUUUGGGUGAAUACGAGGCCAAGGAUGAGACCAUGCAACGGUAUCUCUCCAAAGUACACCAACUUACUGCAUAUUUCGAGUCUUUCGAAAUCCUAAGGAUCCCCAGGUCCCAAAAUAGGCGAGCCGACGCCUUAUCCCGGCUGGCCUCCACCUCAUUCUCUGACCUCAACAAGACCGUCUUGGUGGAGGUGCUGGACGAGCCGGGAUACCUGGGAGAGGUGGCCUGUCCCGUACACCUUGGAGAUAUGUGGAUGAGCCCGUUCAUCCUCUUCUUGGAUCAGGAAAUCCUCCCCGAGGAUCGAGCCGAGGCCAGAAGGAUACAACGCAAAGCGGCUCGGUUUGCUCUCCGCGAGGGAGAGCUGUAUAAACGCUCCUACCUCGGCCCGUGGCUGAAGUGUGUCACGCCCGAGGCAGGACGUCAGAUCCUCCGCGAGAUCCACGAAGGCCUAUGUGGGGCUCACAUCGGCCAUAGGAUGUUGGCCAGGAAGACCUUGCUUCUUGGAUACUUUUGGCCGUCCAUCCGACAAGAUGCCCAAGAUCUCGUUCUCGGCUGCCCUUCCUGUCAGGCCCAUGCACCCGAGCAUCACCAGCCUUCGAAUUUCAUGGUUCCAAUUACUUCGCCCUGGCCGUUCGAGCAAUGGGGGACAGAUAUCAUCGGUCCUUUCCCUAAAGCGGUCGGAGGUUACACCUUCCUUGUCACCGUUGUGGAUUAUUUCACCAAGUGGGUCGAGGCCGAGCCUCUAAGAACCAUCUCGGGGCUGGCGGUCCAGAAGUUCUUUUGGAAGUGCAUUGUUUGCCGCUUCGGCAUACCUCAGGUCGUCAUCUUAGACAAUGGAAGACAGUUUUCCGAGAACCCAUUCAAGGCUUGGUGCGAGAACCUCGGCAUCAAACAACACUUCACCUCGGUAGGCCACCCUCAGGCCAACGGUCAAGCAGAGAAUUUCAAUGGAACUCUUUUGCACGGCCUCAAGACCCGACUACACCAGGCUGGAACUUCAUGGGUAGAAGAGCUCCCAAGUGUCCUAUGGUCUUAUCGGACUACGCCGAGGUCAGCCACGCAAGAGACCCCGUUUUCCUUGACCUAUGGAGCCGAGGCCGUCAUCCCCGCCGAGAUCCUUACUCCCAGUUCUCGGCUAGCAGCCUACGCGGCCGAGGUGAACCAAGAGGAGAGACAAUUGGAUCUCGACCUUGUCGAUGAGAGAAGGGAUCUCGCCUCAGCUCAGAUAGCUUCCUACAAGAACACACUAUCCCGCUAUUACAAUGCCCGAGUUCGACACCGUCGAUUCCAGCCAGGAGACUUAGUCCUCAGGAAAAACUCGGUCAGCCGAAUUGAAACCCAAGGGAAAUUGGGUCCAAAAUGGGAAGGCCCUUACCUGGUUGUGGAAUCUAGUCUUAAUGGGUGUUGUAAAUUAAGCUAUCGAGAUGGCACACUAGUGCCGAGGAUUUGGCACGCCGAGAACCUCAAAAUGUAUUAUGCUUGA